GAGAUGAGGGGUGACGAGGUCCGCUUCUGCACAGGCAACCAGAGCGUCUCCCUGUGCUCCCGAGGGCUGGACCCCGGGGCAGUGGCUCCUGCAGCCCCCAAGAUGUCGAGGCGUUUGCAGGCCACCCUGGCCGUUGUGGCCGUGACCGUGGUCUCCUCUCUUGUGGCUCUCUUCGUUGUGGAUCCCUACCACUUUGGCAGGGGGGCAGAGCUGCAAGAGGCUAUCCAGAUGUUUAAAGGGCACGUGGAGAAUUCCAGCACCUGGAGCGUGGAGAUCCAGAUGUUGACGUGCAGAGUGGACAAUGUCAGUUCUCAGAUCCAGACGCUCGGUGGUCAUCUGGAAAGUGCCAGUGCUGACCUCCAGAUGGUAAAAGGCAUCUUAAAGGAUGCCAGCACCUUGAGUUUCCAGACCCAGAUGUUAAGAAGUUCCUUGGAGGGGACCACUUCUGAGAUGCAGAAGCUAAAGGGAGAUCUGGAAGAGACACAAGCUUCACAUUCCCAGAUCCAGAGUUUCUUAAAAAGCAGUUUAGAAAACACUAGCACUGAGCUCCAUAUGUUAAGCAGAGGCUUAGAAAAUGCAAAUACGGAGAUCCAGGUGUUGAAGGCAGGGUUAGAAACGGCAAAUGCUCAGGUCCGAUUGGCAAACAGUAGUUUAAAGAAUGUUAAUGCCCAGAUCCAUGGUUUGAGAGGCAGUCUGGAUAGUGUCAAUGAUUUAAGGGCCCAGCAGAAAGUUUUAAGAAGUAGUUUGGAAGGUGCUACUGCUGAGAUGCAGAAGCUAAAGGGAAGUCUGCAAAAUACAAAUGCUUUAAACUCCCAGACCCAGACUUUUAUAAAAGGCAGUUUAGGCAACACCAGUGCUGAGAUUCAGGUACUAAGAGGUCAUUUGGAAAGGGCUGGCGAUGAGAUUCGCCUGUUAAAAAGAGAUUUAGAAACUGUCACUGCCCAGACCCAAACAGUAAAUGGUCGCCUGGAGCAGACAGACGCUCAGAUGCGAGUAUUAAAAACAGAGCUAGAAAGCGCCAUUGCCUUAAGUUCCAAGAUUCAGGUGUUAGACGGUCUUUUGAGAAACGCCAGCCGAGAGCUACAGACCCUAAAACAAGGAAUGAAGGAUGCUGCGGCCUUAAAUUCCAAGACCCGGAUGUUAGAGAGAAAUCUGCAGGAGGCCAGAGCUGAGGUCCACAGGUUGAAAGAGGAUUUGGAGAACACCAAAGCACUGACUGCGAAAAUCCAGGAGGAGCAGGGUAGCCUGGAGACCCUCCGCGCAACCUCUGCUUCACAGGAGCAGCUCCAGAGGACCCAAAAUCAACUCCUCCAGCUGAUCCUGCAAGGCUGGAAGUCCUACAGUGGGAGCUUGUAUUACUUUUCUCAUGCCAAGAAGACUUGGCAGGAGGCUGAGCAGUUCUGUGUGUCCCAGGGAGCCCACCUGGCCUCGGUGACCUCUGAGGAGGAGCAGGCAUUCCUGAUACAGUUCACGAGUGCCUCUUACCACUGGAUUGGCCUCACUGACAGCGGUUUGCAGGGCUUCUGGCGCUGGGCAGAUGGCACACCAUUUAAUAGUGCCAGGAGCAGUGCGCCUGGUCCCAAGGAGCUUUGCCCCCAUCUGAAGGUAUCUGAAUAUGAAUUCUGGGGUGGGGACUUGCAGCUUUAG